UUCAACUAGUUAGAGUCGCUUUUUCAACUUGUUAGACUCAAUUACCCAUUCUAUUAUCACUAUUUUUCAUUUUUAAAGUGCUUUAUCCUUCGUUUUAUCGUAAAAAGUAAAAUUUACUUGUAUUUUUUUCGAAUAACAUAUAAGAGUGGGUCGACCCGCCCCGCCCCGUACCCACGCGGGUUUUACCCGCCCCAUCCUGUAGUAACGUGGGAUGGGGCAUGAGAAUUGAGGUACCUGCCCCGCCCCAUUGCCAUCACCAGGUCGGAGGGGAAAUAUUAUUACCUAUCUACCUAGCUCGCCUCCAUUGUCCCUUCGGUAAAAUGUAAAAACUGUAAAUUGCUAAAAGGAGGAGUUCAGUAAACUAUGAGAAACAAACCAGAUGGUCGUGGACCUGACCAUAUCCACAUUUCCUCAUAGGCCGCUCGCUUUCAGUUCCCCCAACUCAAUCCCUGGCCGCCUCGGCGCAUUCACAUCACAUGAUGGCAUGGGUUUAAUCCCAAAGCCUAUGCCACAAGAAGACGACGAAGACGAAGAUGCCGCGCCAAUACUAGAAGGAGGAGAAGACGAAGAAGAAGCAGAACCGCUGUGACAGAUUGAUGGCUGUGGCGAUUCUCGAGUAUUUCCACCCUCUUCGUAAUGGAUUCCAAUCUUGGCUCCACAGUCCCGGUGCCGAUUCCGGGAUUUGGUUUCUGGGCUAUGGCUGCGGAUGGGCUACUCUUCUUUCCCUUCUCCUUAUAACCCUUUUCCACUUUUCCAGGCGCCUUCUCUUCUUCCUCUUUGCUUCUUCCUCGCCUCAACCUUCUCCUCUCUCUGCCGCCACUCCUAAUCCGCUCUCGCCCUCUGGUUCUAACCCUGAAUCCAGGUUGCUAUCCUUGUGUUCUUUCUACCCCCACCUUUGCUUUACACUGCUGGGUUUCGUUUUUAUCUUCAUGUAAUCAUUUGGGUUCUUCUCAUUCCAUUGUUUGAAUUCCGACUGAGGGUUCCCGUUCAACUUUCUUGUCUACCAACAUAUCACUUGUUAAUUUGUGUAAUGGUUGCCAUUUCCGCCGCAAUAUUUCCCUUAGGAAUUCUCACAUGUGGAUAUUGCAUAACAUGAAUCUGCGCUUGUUGGUCAUAGACUUUAGUACUGCGAAAGAAUUGUUCAAAGCGAUCGAUACCAUUUCUUGACAUGCUUUGCAAAUUCAUUUGGCAGAUCAUCGGAGUUGGUAUCAGAAGCAGAUUUGAAGUUCUUGGUUAAAAAUCUGGAUGAGAUUGACGAGAGUGAGAGCUGGGAAGCUGUUAUAGAUAAGAGAAAUAAUCUUCUACAUUAUAA